AUGUAUUUCAUCGUUUUCAAUCUUAUUCUCUUCAAUAUACAAUCGAUCUAUACAGAAGGUCAUAUUCGUUCAAAAUCUGAUCUCGGUUUAACUUUUGGUCAUACAUGGGAUAAAGGUAACGAUAUAGUAACUAUAUAUUUUGAUCUUUCGAAUUCAACAUUCAAUGAAUAUCGAUAUUAUUAUUAUGAAUUUCGUCGAUUUACUUCACAAGAUCAAACUGAAUAUUUUCCACGACAACGUUUAGUUGAUACACAUAAUUCUUUACAUAUUUUUGGUUUACAUGAAGAUGAUUAUGUUGCAUGUAUAUCAUUUAUAGAUGAAUAUGAAAAUGUAUUUAAACCACGUUUUACUUGUUAUGAAUUUACACUAGGUGAAAAAAUUAGUGGUUCACAUCAUCGUGGUUCAUCAGGAUACUUAGCACCAUUAUUAUUAGCAUUUGCAUUUGUUAUACAUGUAUUUAUAGCAAUUGUUCAUCAUAUAAAAUCAAAAAAGUAUGGACAAAAAAUAUUAGAACGUUUUAUAGAUGUCGAUCAUAAGCUAACAAAGAAAAUUAUUGAUGUUAAACAUUCAUUGAAAGAACUUGAUCAUCCAUAUGUUUCAACUUCAGUACAACGACGACUUUCACGUGUUAGUAUUGAUGCAAAUGAAAAUGAUGGCAAUAGUUUUUUAAUGAAAAAAUCAAGUGAUAAUUUAUCACAUCAUCAUCGAAAAAUUAGUUUAGCUGCUAUGAAAACUAUAGCUGAAUAUAAUCCAUAG